GCGGAAGUGACGACGGACAACGAAACACUUCGGAGCGUCAGUAGCUAGUGUUAAUAGAUCUGUAGCAUCUGUGCUGUUUUGCGUCUUUGCAAUGAGUAAAAAUAAGCCCAGUGGCGUGUCGUGGGUGAAGCCGUCUGAACCCUCGUUUCUGAAGAAGUUUAAAAACGACGUUGGAUACAAAGAAGGACCGACUGUUGAUACAAAGCGCCAGACGAUGCCAUCUCUGGAUGAUGACGAUAGUGGGAGUGAUCGGGAGGACGAGUUACCUCAGGUUGUGGUCCUAAAAAGUGGAGACCUAACAGCAGAGGAAGUGAAGAAAAUCAAGGGUGAAGCAGACGGCGAUGCAGAGAAAGAUGAUGAACCUCCUCCUGAUGGUAAAAUCCUUUUCAAGAAACCGGCCAAGCGCUCCUCCUCUGAUAAAUUUCAGGGGAUCACUGCCAGCUCCAGCAAAAAGAAGAAGAGUAACAAAGCGGCGGCGGCGGAGGAGGAGGAGGAGGGGAGGACAGAGGUAAAGUCUGGAAGGAAAGUAAAAAAUAACAGCCUUCUCUCAUUCGGUGGGGAAGAGGACGAAGAUGAAGCCUAGACAGUAGCAAUGCUGGCACCCAAGACUGUUGUAAACUCCUUACUUAAGUAAAUGACUUAAAAGGAGCCACAGUGAGUCCUGAGGUUUUAUUACUUGUAGUAGAUGUUUAGUCUUAAAAGGUCACCUGUACAGAUCCAAAUCACUGGAGUCCACAGGAUCACAGUAAAGAAUUUUAUGUAUACAUCUUUAAAUAAAAUGAAUAUUGAUAACUGAACUCCAUUUGAUACAUGCGGGGUCACUCAGACAUCCAGUAACUGUCAGAUUUCAGGGCAAAUAGAAGAUUCUUCCAGUGGCAUGACUCUGCAAUGAAAUGUUGUUCAAUAACCCUAAAGUGAAUAGGAUUUAAAAUGUGUUCAUGUUUCUGUGGUGCCUCUAUGCAAAUGUGAUGUGCUGGUCAUGUUGACGCUGUCAUUGCUUCGAUUGUGGUGUUGCUUCGUGUUUGUUAACUCUUUGAAUGUAGGUUAAUCUACAUUGGUGUCAGAACUGUCAUUUUGUGCCGGUGUUCUCGUUAGAAUCAAUCCAUUCAGUGACGUAUUGGACACACUGUGGCUACACAGGAGCUGUAACAUUUUGUAAAGACAUGAAUUAGAUGCCAUUUUUAUUGUGGAUUUUUAGUGUUUCUGUUUGAAACCUUUGUAUAAAGUAGUAGAACAUC